CCUCCUCCUCCUCCUCCUCCUCCUCCUCCUCCUCCUCCUCCUCCUCUCUUCUUCCUUACCGCCAUCCAGAGCCCAAACCGCCUCCUCAGCUACCAAGGCGACCGCACUCGACCCCACGGUAACCCGACGGCUGUAAUCCUCCCCUUAGCUUGUCCCCGUGCCACCGCGCUCCAAUCCAAUGAGUUACCACCAGCUGUCGGUGCACCUCGUUCCCCUCGACUUCGCCCUCCCGAAUCGCCCACCACCCCAACGUGCCGCCCCCGCCCACUCGCACCCCCGAGUCGGGCCGUGACCCUAGUAGCAGAUACCACCAUCUCUGGACGUUGUAUCCUACUUGCUACACAGACAUUCCUGCCGUCGACGCAGCCGCGAUAACAGCACAGAGAAUGAGCGCGAUGUCUCGCAAGAACGCGUCUACCGUCGCGGGGCGGCCCAAUGCCGAUCCUGCGUCCACCAUCCCCGACGAGUUCUGCCCCGUGUGUAAGCGCAUGCGCUACCUAAACAGAGACAUGGAGUUCCUCAUAAACCCGGAGUGCUACCACCCCAUGUGCAGCAGCUGCGUUAACAACAUCUUCGGCAAGGGGCCGGCCCAGUGCCCCUACGCGUCCUGCACCAAGACCCUGCGCCAGCGCGGCUUCCGUUCUUCUUUCUUCGGCGACCUGACUGUGGAACGCGAGGUGGACGUGCGCCGUCGCGUCCAGGCCGUCUUCAACAUGGCCCAGGACGAUUUUGUCUCGCUGCGCGACUUCAACGACUACCUGCAGCAAGUCGAAGACUUGACGUUUUCCCUCGUAUCCGGUGGCGAGGCCGAACGCCGCAAUGCGGAGGCGGACCUCCUCACCUACGAGCAGAAGCACCGCGAGGAGAUCGAGCGCAAUAAGAAGCGCGGCCAAACUGCGGAGGCCCAAAGGCGCCAGCGCGAUGCCGCCGCGGCUGCGGCCGUCAAACAGCGCCGUCUCGAGGAGCAGCGCGAAGAAGAGAGCGCUCGCGCCGAAGAGGCCAGCAUCAAUGCCGAGGUUAUGGAAGCCCUCGCCAAGGGUGAGCCCGGCACGGCCGCCGAGAUCCAGGCUCGCAUCGUCGAACGGAAGCGCAACCGCAUCGCCGAGAUCACCAACGCCAACUUCUCCAAGGUCUUCGAGAGCAACGGGUACCGACCCAGCUCGACCACCGCUGCUGCCCCCGGUGGCGCCAGCAGCCUACUCUCGAUUCGCGGCCUCAAGGACCAGUCGCAACGGGACAAGGAGAACGACGACUUCCAGGCGAGGGAGUAUUACUCCCGCCCCUACGACCCGUUCGCCGGACUCGACCUGGAGCCGACGCGCUACAAGCUCCGCGAGAACUACGAGAACCCCUGGCUCCAGGAGGCGCGCACGCGCGACGACCACCGCGUCCCCGGCUACAGCACCCAAGAGUACAUCGCGCGCGCCGUUUUUGAGGCCUUUGCCGGACUCGGCGUCUUCGUGGCCGACGAGAAGGCGGACAGUCGGCGAGAUGCGGGCACGGUUAGCGCCGGAGCCGCGGCCGCGCCGGGGACGACGAGCGGCGCGUCCGGCGGCAAGAUGGAGGUCGACGACGUCUUCUCCUGAGCAGACGGCCGGACACACCGAAGAUAGAGGGUGCCUGAACACGGUGCCGAUCUACGUCACGAUAUCUACGGCUACUCGGAUGGGCCGUAGAAUAAAGAGUAGCUACAGCCACCAUCUACUCACCUACUUACGCGCAACGGUAUCAAGGAGUCCCUCUCGAAACCAGAGGGUAACUAGAAGGCAUACUGGCACUAAGAAGACGAGAUCACCUCACUAGGGUGACCAUGUUUUGACACUACCUCAAGCCUGAUGCAACUACGAAGAAUAUACCACGUCUCUCCACCGGGCCCUCCGCAGGUCCUCGCCUGCGGGAAAAAUUUUCAAUACAUCACGCUACGUAGGGACGACCUCUCGCGUCAUCCAUCUACUCUAUUCAGGUAUCCAGUCUUGCACGGCGCACGUGUAUGUCCGAGGAAUCAGCAUCAUCGGAAGGGCACGAGGCGGAAAGUGGGAGGCUAGCACGGGAGCAGCACGAGAGGAGGAACACGGGACGUCUCCAGCUCGCGCGGCAGACGGGGGAACAUGGGGGGGGGGGGCUGGAUGCGGGUGCAACCUGACACACCACAGUCCUCCCGGAUAGACAAAAGAAGCACAAGGUAGACGGCGCUCGCGCCCCUGUAUCUAGAAGCGCGCCGCGAACGGCCUGGCCACCCCCCCA